UAGACCACAUCCAAUAUCAUCUAGGUUCUCAUCUUACGCCCAUCUCUCAAACCAAAACACACAAACAAGAAAAACACAGAGACUUAAUAUUAUUAAUCAUGGACGUGGUGAGACCAACGGUGGAUAUUCCACCACGAAAGCUUCUUUUGGCUUCCAAGUCUUUUCCUGCUGAGUCUUCCCCUCGUUCUUCGCCGCGCAAACACAACUGGAACAACAAGAUGGUCACAUCUGAACACGAAGAAGACAACGAAGACACCAACAAGGAGACUAAAGAGUAUUGUUAUGAUUCCGACACCGAUGAUCCUUACGCGAGCGAACAUUUCCGUAUCUUCGAGUUCAAGAUCCGACGAUGCACCCGUAGCCGGAGCCACGAUUGGACUGACUGUCCUUUUGCUCAUCCCGGAGAGAAAGCUCGCCGUCGUGAUCCUCGUAGGUAUCAGUACUCAGCUGAGGUUUGUCCUGAGUUUCGUCGUGACGGUGAUUGUAGCCGUGGAGACGACUGUGAGUUUGCUCAUGGAGUCUUCGAGUGUUGGCUCCAUCCUAUUCGUUACCGUACUGAAGCUUGUAAAGACGGUAAACACUGUAAAAGAAAAGUCUGUUUCUUUGCUCAUUCGCCACGUCAGCUUAGGGUUCUUCCACCGGAGAACGUUUCCGGCUGCGUCUCGGCCUCGGCUUCUCCGGCUGCGAAGAACCCUUGUUGCAUGUUUUGUAGCAGCUCUCCGACGAGCACUCUCUUGGGUAAUUUAUCUCAUCUUUCUCGAUCUCCGUCCUUGUCCCCUCCUCUGUCUCCGGCUCACAAAGCUGCUGCCUUCUCGCGGCUGAGGAACCGCGCCGCUUCUGCUGUUUCAGAAGCUGUUUCUGCUGCAGCAGCCGCUGGGUCGGUUAACUAUGAGGAUGUUUUAAACGAGCUUGUGAACUCGUUGGACACGAUUAACCUAGCGGAAGCAUUGCAUGUGAGUUCCUCUUCGCCGGUUACCACACCUGUUUCUGCGGCUGCGGCGUUUGCCUCAUCCUGCGGUUUGAACAAUCCGCGUCUCCAUAUCCAGCAACAACAGAGUAGUCCUUUGCAAUUCUCGCUCUCGCCUUCCACUCCAAGUUACCUUACUAACUCGCUCUCGCCGUCCACUCCAAGCUACCUAACCAACUCGCCGAGGGCGAACUUAUUCGGCCGUGAUUUCACUCCUCGCCGGAGAGAAAUGAAUGAUAUCAAGACUAUGGCGGCAGUGAGGGACAAGACUAGCUUUGAGGAUGGGUCUUGUGGUGAUCCUGAUCUUGGAUGGGUGAAUGAUCUCUUGACCUAGUUAAAACGGUGGAUGGUGGAUGAUUGGUGAAUACUGAUCAUGGUGGAAAAUAAUCGGUGGUCAAACUGUUUGGUCAAUAUGCAUAUGGAGGAGAGAUGGUCUUUACAAUUUGUUAUAAAGAUUUUAUUGUUUUACAGAUUUCCACGGAGGCUAAUCAAGAAGUCUUGUGUAUUGUCGUUUAUUUUUAAGAUUCUCUUUCUAGUGGAUUUUUACCCAAUAAUAUGUAUGAUCUUGUAAUACUAUAUAUGUUCUGUCGAUUAUGUAAUGUUUCACCAUUUCAUAUAUAUUUUCGUUUCAGUGU